GUGACUCUCAACCAUAGACACAAUGGAGCUGCAGUGACAGUGUAAUUAGCGGGCGCCUGUUGUUGUAACUGCUACAGCAGCGUUGCUUAGUGUCAAUGUUGAAGUUUUGUUGUCUUCGGAUUGGUAGCAGCUAGCUGUUGUUUUUGCGCUAACCGUUCAGCUUGGUGAGUGAGAUAGCCCACAGCCCCGUUAGCCAGCCAGCCAGCCAGCUAGCUAGCUAAGCACCUGCUGGAACUCUGCUACUGGGGUUCGCUGCUAGAUCUUAGCAUAUAGCUGUCCAGCUAAUCAGGCUGAGUGCUAUUAUGGAGUUUCCUUUUGAUAUUAACCAGUUAUUCUCCGAGAGGGUCUCGAUUUUGGACCAGACUCUUGUUGCAGGUCGUAAAUCAGCAGGAAGGCCAGAUCUUCAAGCCCACAUAGCCACAGUUAUUGAUGAACUUGGGAGAGCCUCAGCAAAGGCCCAACAGCUCACAGCACCUAUAACCAGUGCUUCCAAGCUGCAGUCCCAGAGGCAUCAGCUCUACCUGCUGAAGGAUGGAGAGAGAAACGGAGGACGCGGUGUGGUUGUGGGAUUUCUCAAGGUCGGCUACAAGAAGUUAUUUCUGCUUGACCGACAGGGUGUGCACGUCGAGGCAGAGCCGUUGUGUGUUUUGGAUUUCUACAUAGCAGAGAACUUGCAGCGACACGGCUACGGAUUGGAGCUGUUUGAUUUCGUGUUGCAGCACAAGAAUUUAGAGCCGGUGCUGAUGGCGUAUGACAGACCCUCUCCCAAACUCCUGUCUUUCCUGGCGAAGCACUACUGCCUGACACAAAGUGUUCCACAGGUCAAUAACUUCGUGGUGUUUGAGGGCUUCUUCCUCAACAGAGAAGCUGCCCAACUGAGAAAGGUUCCCCUAAAAAAGCCGGACGGAGAGAUCAAACCCUACUCUAUAAUGGAGAGAGAAGUGGUACGUCAGGAGCAGAGGGCUCUUCCCUGGCCAUUUGCUCCUCCUCACUCCCCCCAGCGGUCGGUAUCCUCCCAGUGCUCCCACUCCCUCAGUGUGGGAUCCUCCCCCAGCAGGGUGCCCCUUCGAGCCGCCCCAACGUCUGCCCUUGGGGCCAACAGGGACCAGAGCCCACAGUCCCCUCUCGUAGAGCGCUGCAGGGCAAAACGCACCAGCCAACAGGGUCUAGUUGCCAGAUGCAGCCUGUACAGUCGGCACCUGGACAGCAGAGCUGUUGGACUGCUGGACUCACACCUGCUAGGUAUGAGACCAGUGGUGGAUCAGUCAUACGCACUGGGAUACACUGACACACACAGGUUGGCCAGUAUUCACACACCACUAAGCAGGUUCCAGCCUCCCUCAUCCAAGAAGGAUGGCCUCUGCAGCGAGACCUCCUUAAACAGCAGAGAGACACAGCUGGAUACAGAUGCUGAGGAGAUCAGUGUGUCGGACAGUCCACAGGGUCCAGCAGGGGGCAUGUUAUUAAACCAUAGACACCUGUUGGAGAAGGAAAGCGGCAGUAGCCUGCGAGGCUGGUCGUGGACUGUAGGAGAGCACUGCUACACCGCCCAGUGGGUGAAGCAGAAGCAGGAAUAUAGGAGCACCCGGCCCUGGUGACUGGGAGCUGGUUCUGUGACGAUCAUUCAAAGUUAUACUUUGUUUAAAUGUUUCUGCAAAAAAUUGAAGCUUGGCCAAGUGCGGAAAGCUUUCAUUUUUAAUCUUUGCUCAAGGGCCCAAUCUCUGCUUUGGAUACAUGCACUCCAAGUGUUGGUGGUUUUCUCCCUGGAGUAUUGUGAGUUCUGUCUUGGCUGGUCUCCAAGAUGAGUCAACCAUUUCCUCGCUACUAGUUGACUAAACUGAUGCUAGGAACCAAAUAUGGAGUGAUUUCACUACAAAAGCCAACAGCCAAACCACGAGCACGAGUUGGUCUGAAGCUACAUUAAAGCAGCAGCAUUGAAGAAGGAGGAGCAGUGACUUCUGCUGGUGGCUUAAGGUUCCAUGAUACAUCCAGUAGCUCUUGUGAGACAAUGCCAGUCAGGGGGGUGAAUUAGAGCUGAGAACAAGAUGCUGUGUAAAGAUUUCUGAACUUAUCCCAAACUGACCCAGAGUCUGAAACAAAAACAUUUAUUAAAGCCCUUAGUUUGCUUUAAACCAAGAGCUUGUCACUGUCUUGACAGGGGGAGUGGCUGUGUCGUCUGUUACAAGUA